GGACAGCAGGAGCACAGGAGGUAGAGCGGGUUGUCCAAUAAUCGGGGGGUUGUAAGAUUGAUCCUGACUCCUGGCUGAAAUUUUUGCUGUUGUGUCCUUGGGCAAGACACUUAACCUUGCCUGCUAGUGGUGCUCAGAGGGGCCGGUGGCACCAGUGCUUGGCAGCCUGGCCUCUGUCAUUGUGCCUCGUGCAGGGCAGCUGUGGCUACAGUAUAGCUCAUCACCAGUUGUGUGAAUGAAUGAAUGAUACACUGUAGUGUGACACACUGGAGACCUCUGACUCUGAAAGGCACCUUCUAAAAGUGUAGGUCAUUUAUCGAUCGUUUUUGUAUUUACUUUUCCAUUAAAUCUAGUUUUAUUCGUGUAUUUUAAAUUUGAUUUUAAAACAAACUGCUUUAAGGUUGUCACAUUAUUUAAAAAUUUGAAGCUAAAAAUAACAGUUUUGUUUUUGCAGUUGUCUGAAACCUAAACAGAACCCUGAAUUGCCUUUUAUUUUGAUAGUAUUCCAGUUACAUUAAAUAAAAUCUCAGCAGUGUUAUUUUGAAAGUCCACCCGGAUGUGGUUGUGAUCCAACUAGCUUUAAUGACACAAUUCAGCUUAACACCGGGGACAGGAGGACGACCACUAGAGGAGUUAACUUUAGACAAGUUUUGAGAUGCUUUUAAGUACAUUUUAAUGACAACUACAUUACAACAGUAACUAUUCGGGAUAUAAAUUCGUCGUCUUUUGUUUAUUUUUCACAUUUUGAAGCGUUACCGAACUAGCUAGGACAUUUCUUUUGUUUUCGGGCUUUUUUGUUAAAGUAAUUUCCUGCGACUGUCGGUGGAUAAAUGUACUCGGGUAUAUAUUUGUUUGGUUUAGUUCGCAGUCCAAAAUACAGUGGAGUUAAAGUAAGCAAGAAGACGCCAGAAGGUAUUUCCUGAAGUUGGAAGCUGAUAACCUGGAAUGACUGCAGCCGACUCCCGUGGAAAAGACAACAACGCGACCUGGACACAAGCUAGUAGGGGCAACAAAGACUGGGAAUGCUAGCUAGCAACCAAAUUGAGCCUUUUAAACUAAAUGUGCGUGGUUAUUAAGUGUUGCUGGGUCUACGCCACACCGAGAUGGAAUUAUAAAUGAGCCCCUGGCGAAACAAAUAAGGUCGGAGUGAGAGAAAUGGAAGAGGAAGGAUCACUUGAGCCAAACAUCACACCGCUGGCAGAGAUUUCCCUUUUCCAUCGCUUGGAGCCCUUCCACUAACUAUACCAUCGGGAUUGAUACCACGCCGUUCUUCGUUUUUUGCAAAUGCUGCAGUCGUUUUCUGUGUGAAAAUGAGGACGUGCUGGCUGGUGCUGCUGCUGCUGCUGAGCGGCUCCGCGGCUCAGUCCGCCUGCAAAACAUCAGACGAGCGGCCGAAAGGCAGCGGGAAAAGCCUGCCGUCCGACCGGAAAGUGGUCUGCAGCAACAUGGAGCUCGAACAGGUGUUAGCCCCGGAUUCCUUCCCCAACAGAACAGUCACCCUACUUUUAAACAACAACAAGAUUCAAGAACUCAGAAAUGGAUCCUUCUUUGGACUUUCUGCUUUGGAAAAACUGGACCUGCGGAGUAACAUAAUCAGCCAGAUUGAGUCGGGAGCUUUUUUGGGUUUACCAGCAUUAAAGAAACUAGACCUGUCCAACAACAGCAUUGGUUGCCUUAAUGGAGACAUCUUCAAGGGCCUUGGCAGUUUGAUCCGACUAAACGUUUCGGGAAACUUGUUCUCGUCUUUGGCCCAAGGAACAUUUGACAGGCUACAGUCUUUAAAGGCAUUGGAGUUCCAAACCCCGUACCUGCUUUGUGACUGCAACCUUCUGUGGCUGCUGCGCUGGAUCAAAGAGCGAAACAUUGCUGUGAAAAACACAAAGUGCUCAUACCCUCAGUCCCUCCAGGGUCAGCUCAUAACCUCCGUCAGGCCGGAGCUCCUCACCUGCGAUGCUCCACUGGAGCUGCCCUCCUUCCAGCUCACUCCAUCCCAGCGCCAGGUUGUCUUCCAGGGGGACAGCUUGCCGUUUCAGUGCCAGGCCUCUCUUGUGGCAGAUGACAUGCAGGUGCUCUGGUACCAAAAUGGACGCAUGGUCAAGUCCGAUGCCACUCAAGGCAUCUUCAUAGAAAAGCGCAUUGUGCAGAACUGCUCCUUGAUCGCGAGCGCCCUGACCAUCUCAAACAUCCAGCCUGGUUUUACGGGUAACUGGGAGUGUCGGGUACGAACCAGCAGGGGCAACACCACCAGGACAGUCCACAUUGUGGUGCUGCAAAGUUCUGCCAAGUACUGCGCUCCUGAUCGUGUGUCCAACAACAAGGGAGAGUUCAGAUGGCCUCGCACUCUAGCAGGGAUCAGAGCCUACCUCCCCUGCAACAGGCUGCCAUCCAGCGCUGGCGCCUACUCGGGCAGCUCCGCUGAGGGACGCCAGGCCUGGCGUUACUGCAGCCGGGAGGGGCUGUGGGCCGAGGAGGACUACUCUCACUGCCAGUUCCAGAAAGAUGCCACUAGAUUUCUCUUCGUCAUCAACCAGAUGCCUCUAAAUGAGAGCAACGUUGUGACCAUAGCGCGGCGCCUGCUGCUCUACACCAUCGACGCGGCUAAUUUCUCAGACAAGAUGGACAUCAUCUUUGUGGCUGAGAUGAUCGAGAAGUUUGGGAAGUUUGUUGAAAGGUUUAAGGAUUUAGGCGAGGUGAUGGUGAGCAUGGCGAGUAACCUGAUGCUAGCCGACGAGAGAGUGCUGUGGAUGGCUCAGCGUGAAGCCAUGGCCUGCUCCCGGAUCAUUGCCUGUCUGCAGAAGAUCGCUGCCUACCGCUUGGCCACAGCUCAGGCCUUCUCCCUGACAUCCCCCAACAUCGCGCUGGAGGCUCAAGCCAUCAGAGCCAACGACUGGAACAGCGUGACCUGCAUUUUGUUCCAGAGGCCCACCCCUGAGCGAACUCCCAGUCAGGAUCGCCAGCUCACAUUCAAAUGCAACAACACCAGCUCUUUCUCCACCAUCCUCCACAAGAGCACCGUGGUGGAGGCAUCUUUGCAGCUUCCUCAGUCUCUUUUCAGCCAGGCCGGUCUUCCCGGACUGAAAGACGAUACAGUCUACAAACUCCACCUGCUGGGCUUCCGUAACGGCAAGUUUUUCCCCUCCACUAACACCUCCCUGCUGGCCGAUGGAGGGGAGAGGAUGGCUGUGGCCACUCCUGUCGUCAUGACGAGGAUCAAGGGUGUGUCACUACGUGUCUUGAAGUCCCCCAUUAACAUCACCCUGCGGCGCUUUGCACACGGCUCGGACGCCGUGUCCGCCUGCUGGAACUCCAGCCUGGCUGGGGGUCAGGGCGGGUGGAGGAGCGAGGGCUGCCGCAUCCUAGAGCAUCACAACAACUUCACCACCAUAUCCUGCGACUCUCUGGGAAACUACGGUUUGCUCAUGGACCUGAGCAGCGCUGAUCAGUUUUCUCCAAGCGUCCAGCCGCUGCAUCCAGUCAUCUACACAACUAGCAUCAUACUGCUCCUGUGCUUGCUCACCAUCAUUAUUAGCUACAUUUACCAUCACAGGUCUGUACGUGUGAGCCGCAAGUUUUGGCAUAUGCUGGUUAACCUCUGCUUCCACAUCUCCCUCUCCUGUGGUGUCUUUAUGGGCGGCAUCAAUCAGACACGUAACCCAAGUGUCUGCCAGGCUGUGGGUAUUUUGAUGCAUUACUCCACUCUGGCCACUGCUCUGUGGAUUGGAGUGACUGCACGCAACAUAUACAAGCAGGUAACACGCAAAGCUAAAUGCUACGAGGAGCUGGAUGAGCCGCCGCCGCCUCCCAGGCCGAUGCUCAGGUUCUACUUAAUCGGCGAUGGGAUUCCCAUCAUCGUCUGUGGGAUCACUGCUGCAGCUAACAUCAAGAACUACGGCAGCCAGAUGAACGCCCCAUACUGCUGGAUGGCGUGGGAGCCAAGUAUCGGGGCGUUCUAUGGACCAGCUGGAUUUAUCUUCUUUGUGGACUGCAUGUACUUCCUCAGCAUCCUGCUGCAGUUACGCCGACAUCCGGAACGUUGCUAUGAGCUAAAGGAGCUGACCGAGGAGCACCAGCACCUGGCAUCCAUCAGCGGCGAGGCGGGGCCGGACGGACCCAGCAGCCACCUCCAGCCCCUGCAGCCUCAGGAAGUUGCAUCCUCCGUGGCGUCUGCCCCCCACGCUGUGCCCCUGUCGGCCCUGGAGAACGAGCACACCUUCCCGGCCCAGCUGAUGGGUGCAGCGGGAGCUUUAGGGCUGUAUGCAGCUCUCUGGGUGUUUGGCGCCGUGGCGAUAUCACAGAACCACCCUGUAGACUUGGCAUUUACCUGCCUGUAUGGGGUGACCGCCCUGGCUCUUGGGGCGUUCAUGGUGGUGUAUCACUGUGUCAACAGACAGGACAUGAGACGCUUCUGGUCACAGGCUUGUUGCUCUGGACGACAAGCGUACUCCGCACAGGAGGAUGUCCUCCUGCCUCUGCCAGGCAUGGCACUGACGUCCAUGGCGACAACUGAACCCAAAGCAGAAGGGCAGUCCACGAAGUGUGGCAACAGCAGCGCUGACUCUUCUUACACAAACAAAAGCGGCCCAAGUGCACGAAACUCCACCCACGGCCACAAGCUGACCAAUCUGCACGCGGAGGCAGCUCAGUGCAAGUCCUCCUCGGUGCCAGGGAUGGCAAACGGCACGGCCGUUUUGGACAACAGCCUAACCGAGCACUCGUUGGAUAACGAAGUGAAAAUGCACGUGGCGCCGCUGGAGGUGCAGUUUCGUCCGCUGAACAACAUCAACCCGACACCUAACGGACACGCAGGCAGGCAUCAGAAAAACAAAACCCGCGGGCACAGAGGCAGCCGGCUUGCAGUGCUGCGAGAGUACGCCUACGACGUGCCCACCAGCGUGGAGGGCAGCGUUCAGAGCGCCUCCCACAGGCGACACCUCUACUACGACAUGGCUGCGCGUAACAGCCGGCGGGCGGCCUACUUGGCUUACAGGGAGCGCCAUCAGAGCCAGCUUCAGCAGGACAGCAGCGACAGCACCAGCCUGCCCCGGCGCUCCCGCUGCGCCGGUAAAGGAAGCGGGAGCUUGUUGGGGAACGGGACCGUGGUGGCUGUAGAGACGGAGCAGCCUCCUUCCUCGGGAUUAUCCAGCACCAGUAAAGACUGUGAUCCAGUGCAGCAGCCCAGCAGCACGGAACUGGAAAACAAGUCCUACGGGCUCAACCUGGUCACGGAAAACGGCGGCACGGCCAAAGAAAACACACCGUCGGUGCCUUUAAGCAACAGCGACAGUGCCAGUUCAAAAACUGGUCUGUGGAAACAUGAAACUACUGUCUAGAGACACGUAUGGCCUCUACACUGUGAAAUGUGUUGUUGUACAGUUCUGCCUUUUACAGAGUACUGCCACUGAGCAGUCCUUGUAGAUAUUCUGUGUAAAUCUUCUGUUAUUGGGGUUUUUCCCAGCUUAUUUGAGAAUUGUGUACAUGAAGCUGUAUGACCUUAGCUGUGAAUUGUGCAUAUCUUCACCAUGACGCUUUGCACCUGUUUUCUUGGUGUUCCAAACAGUAAUAAUAAAAACUGAACCAUUUACUUAA